AUGAGGGUCGCCCCGAUCCAGUUUGACACGUGGCUUGACGACCUACAGCUGUACCUACUGAGUGACUCUCGGGACAGUGUUUCUUUGUUUGACCUCACGUCUGGCACUGCUCCCGCCCCUCCCGUCGCAGCUGACACUGCGACUCGCUCACAAUGGCUUACUCGCGACGCUGUUGCCCGCUUAGCCAUUCGCAACCACCUGCCGUUAGCCAAAUGCGCUCACUUCGGACAGCGCAGGACAGCACAGGCACUGUACGACGCUGUCGUCUCUCGCUACUCCUCGCCUGCCACUGCUGCUCUAGGAUUGGUCGGGGCUGCUUCUGCUAGUGCGAAGCGCCGCAGCAGCAAGGGCAAGGGUGGUAGGGGUGGUGGAGGUGACAGCGGGAGUGGUGGUGGGGGGCAGCAGUGGAGGUUAGUGGAGGCGGUGGAGGUUGGUGGCAGUUGUGGGAGUGGUGGCGGGAGUGGGGGCGUCGGUGGCGUCGGUGGAGGCAGCGGUGGGAGUGGCGGUAGUGGCAGCGGUGGGAGUGGUGGCGGUAGGACUGGAGCUCAGCGUGGAGGUAUAGGGGCUGCUCCUCUAGGUGCUAGUGAGUCUUCUCUCCCUGGUACUGCGCCUGCUUAG